CAUGUCCUAUCUUAAAACGUAUCAGGUAGCGCAAUUGCGUACUUUUGCCGUGAUCCAAAAAUGGCGUACGCUGAGCAGUCAGGCUCGGUACCAGCAGGAGAAGAAGCAUUUCAAACGUAUUAUAGUGAGGUGAAGCAGAUAGAAAAGAGAGAUUCUGUAUUGACUCCGAAACAGCAAAUCGAGAGAUUGACACGACCUGGCGCGUCCUACUUUAACUUGAACCCAUAUGAGGUUUUACAGCUGGACCCAGAGGCGACUGAUGAGGAACUGAAGAAGAGGUUUAGACAGCUUUCCAUACUGGUUCAUCCGGACAAAAAUCAAGAUGAUGUUGAAAGAGCUCAGAAAGCAUUUGAAGCUGUUGACAAAGCGUACAAGUCGUUGCUGGAGGUAGAACAGAAGAAACGUGUUUUGGAUGUUAUUCAAGCAGGAAAGGAAUACAUUGACCACAUAGUAAAAGAAAAGAAAAAACAGUUGAAGAAAGAGGGAAAACCAACAGUAGUAGAAGAAGAUGACCCAGUAGUGUUUAAACAAGCUGUUUAUAAACAAACAAUGAAGUUGUUUGCAGAGUUGGAACUCAAGCGGAAAGAAAGAGAAGCUAAAGAAAUGCAUGAAAGGAAGAGGAAAAGAGAAGAGGAAAUAGAAGCACAAGAAAAGGUAAAACGAGAACGGGAAUGGCAGAAAAACUUUGAGGAUAGUCGAGAUGGUAGAGUAGAUAGUUGGCGAACUUUCCAGACGAAAGGUAAAAAGGAGAAGAAAAACAGAACCUUCCUUAAACCCCCCAAAGUGAAAAUGGAGCAGAGAGAGUGACCAGACCAAUAUUCUUUCCAGAUGAAAAAGCUGUUUUUUUUAUAUUUCAGCUUUUAAAGACUUGCUCUAAACAUACAGAGGAGUAGUUGUACAUUGUUUUUUAUUGUUUUUAAAGAGUAUUUUUGUUUCUGUAAUAUUUUCUAUAUUCAGUCAGUACAAUUUUGUGAGACAAGCUUUUUCACCCCAUAUCUCCUCAGAAAAAGAUGAUGGUGCAAAAUCUUUAGGAAUAAAGCAUAUCUCAGUGGAAUAUUGAGUUUUCCUCAAAAUUCUGUAAUUAAAUGUUUGCGUUGGUUUGGCAGUUUUAGAAUUCUUUCCAGUGUAUCUUAAAUGUAUAAUUUCUGUUUGAAUAAUGUUACUAAAUAAUUUAUGUACACUGACUUUCAGAUUUACCAUUUUGUGAGUUAUUUUAUUUGCAAAUGUACAUGUAUUUCUACUUUCAGUAGAUGCUCUUUAGGGGUUAUGGCAGUCUUUUUCUGCCUUUUAUAUGUGAUGGGCUAAAGCCAGCAUUGUAUAGUACUUGCAUAUCUUCAGUUGUAAAGCAUUGUCAGUUUAUAUUGCAGACAUUACAGAAGUCACAUAUACAGUGCUCCAUUUAUACCAGUCUUCUUUAUCUGUGUAAGUAAUUACCAUACAUUUUGUUUGCAAAUUGCAUUUCGCAUGAUUAGUUGUAUGUACUUCUCAAUCAGUGUUAUUAAUAUGCACUGUAAGCUACACAGUUGACUAAAUAGCAGUAAAAUCAGAAGAUCAAGUAAAAUGCAUAUAACAGAAAA